CACGCUCGUCACUCCCUCAUUUCCACUCAAAAUAUUCAAACCUUCCCUUCUCUCCUCUUCUUUAAAUUCCAAUCUUAGUUUUGCAACUUCCCUCUCAUCUUUUAUUUAUCCUUUAAGAAGUAGCCACUUAGAAAAGAAAAGAGGAGAAACUACCCCUCUCUCAAUUGUAAUGGCAUCUUUUGAUCAUGAAGCUUCAACAUUGGAACUCAUUAGGCAACACCUCUUGACUGACUUUGCUUCCAUGGACAGCUUCAUCUCCAAUCUUGAUGAUCUUUGCAGCACUUCCACCACCAGUACUACUGAUGACUACUACAUCAAAACUGAAUCAACAGAAUUUGAUCCCUUUGAUCAACCACAAUUCAAUCUGCAAAUUCAAUCUAGCAUUGAAUCCAAGCCUCAAUAUUCCUCACCAAAGUCUUCAACUUCUCUAAGCCAGAGAAAACCAUCCAUGAUCAAGGACAUAGCCAUACCUCCACCAGCAACCCUGAACAUGAACCCACAAGUAGCACAGCCAGUGGUGAACAAGACAGAUUUGUCUAGUGAACAAGAUAGGCAUUACAGGGGUGUAAGGCGUAGGCCUUGGGGAAAAUAUGCAGCGGAGAUCCGUGACCCUAACAAAAAAGGAGCUCGUGUAUGGCUUGGAACAUUUGAUACUGCCAUUGAAGCUGCCAAAGCUUAUGAUAGCGCUGCUUUCAGGUUACGAGGAAGCAAAGCGAUCUUGAAUUUCCCUCUUGAAGCUGGCAAGUCGAAUUCUCAACAACCUGAACAAUUCUUGGAAACUUCUUGCAAGAAAAGAAAGUUUGAAGGAAUAAAGAGUAGCGUCGAAGGUACUAAUUCUAUCACUAAUAAGGUGGUGAAGAGGGAGACUUCUUCACCGGAAAGUGAGGUCAAAGCGGUUGCUUCGGGACCAUUAACGCCGUCAAGCUGGAAGGGGUUUUGGGAUGGUGAAACCAUGGGGAUAUUUAGUGUGCCACCAUUAUCGCCGUUAUCUCCACAUCCUUCAUUUGGAUAUUCAAGGCUCAUGGUUGUUUGAAGGAGAGAGGGUCGACAUGUCGGUUGGGUGGUUGGUUUGUUGUUUACUAAGUUAGGAAACUUCUGCUGGCCAAAAAGUGUCACAGAUCACGUAGUGAUGAGGGUGUUUCUCUCUCUCUCUCUCUCUCUCUCUCUCUCUCUCUCUCUCUCUAUAUAUAUAUAUAUAUAUAUAUAUAUAUAUACCUAGUAGGGUUCUAGAGUCAUAAACGCAACUAUGAUUGCGUUUGUUGAAGAUAAGUUUUGCAAAAUUGUAUUUGUUCUUUGAUUGCAGUUAUUCAAUGAAAUGGACUUUUAUUGUUAA